AUGAGCAGCAGCCGCAGAAUCAGCAUCAACCGGAACACGGGUGUCCCCAAGCCCUCCCGCCGCUUCUCCUUUGCCGAGCCUGGUGUCAACGAGGCUAGCAGCAAGGUCCACCGUCAGUUUCGCGCUGCCCACGAGGGCCAUCUGCCUCAUGCCGGCCUAGACGCCACGCGUGCCUCGACCGGCGUCGUCUGGUGCACGGAGCGUGCUGCCGAGUUUGGCUUCCUCGAAGAGCCCGAGCUCUGGGCCAACCUGGGCCAGGGCGCCCCCGAGGUCGACGACGACAUCGAGGGCUGCUUCCCGCGGCCCCAGACGCUUGACAUUGGCGUGGCCAGUCGCGAGUAUGGCCCAACCGCCGGUAUCAAGCCUCUGCGCGAGGCCGUCGCCCACCUGUACAACGAGCACCAUCGCCAGGGCAAGGAGAGCAAGUACACCUGGGAAAAUGUUGCCAUUGUGCCCGGUGGCCGUGCCGGUUUGAUCCGCAUUGCUGCCGUGCUGAACAAUGCCUACGUCGGCUUCUUCAUCCCGGACUACACUGCCUACAACGAGAUGCUGUCGCUGUUCAAGAAUUUUGCCGCCAUCCCUGUCCCUCUUAGCGAGGAGGAUGGCUACCAUAUCAACCCGGAAAAGAUCUCGGAGGAAAUUGCCCGUGGCACUGGCGUCAUCCUGACUUCCAACCCGCGCAACCCCACCGGCCGCGUCGUGGCCAAUCCGGAGCUGGCUGAGAUCCAAGACCUGUGCCGUGAUCGUGCCACCCUGAUCAGCGAUGAGUUCUACUCGGGCUACAACUACACGAGCGACUGCGACGGCACCACCAUCAGCACUGCUGAAAACAUCAUCGAUGUCGAUGAGGACGAUGUGCUCAUCAUUGAUGGCCUCACCAAGCGCUUCCGUCUGCCUGGCUGGCGUGUGGCCUGGAUCCUCGGCCCCAAGGAGUUCAUCAAGGCCAUCGGCUCCUGUGGCUCCUACCUGGACGGCGGUGCUAACGUGCCCUUCCAGGAGGCUGCCAUCCCCAUGCUUGAGCCUGGCCUGGUGCGCCAGGAGAUGAUUGCUCUGCAGCACCACUUCCGCGAGAAGCGCGACUAUGUUCUUCGCCGUCUGCGCAGCAUCGGCUUCGUCAUCAAGUACGUGCCCGAUUCGACCUUUUACCUCUGGCUCAACCUCGAGGGCCUCCCCGGUCCCAUCAGCGACGGCCUCAACUUCUUUCAGGCCUGUCUGGCCGAGAAGGUCAUCGUCGUGCCGGGUAUCUUCUUCGAUCUGAACCCGGCCCGCCGUCGGGACCUGUUCGACUCCCCGUGCCAUCACUUUGUCCGCUUCUCGUAUGGUCCGCGUAUGGAGACGCUCAAGCUGGGAUGUGACGGCAUCGAGCGUGUCGUGAACAAGUAUGUAUCGUGGACGUCCAGAGUUGCAUAUUUUCCCUUGGCUAACCCCGACUAG